AUGCCGACCAUAGCUGAGGCACAUGCCUCCCUUGUGAAUUCUGUUCUGGUGAAUGACCUGUCGGGGAUAAAACAGGUCUCUCUGGUGGCGAGGAUUCUGAGAGCCAACGGGAAAGCAACGGAAGAGAGCGAUGACGUCACAGCAGAAGACGCUCCUGUUAUCACCCGCGUUGCUGCGUCUGUUGCCAACGCCGGGGAAACGGAGGUGGCGAAAGAAAGGCGAAGAGGAGACGGUGAUAACGGAGGUGGGGAUGACGUGACUGAUGACGACGAGGAUGCGGAAUUGGUGGCAGCCGGGGGGGGCGGCCGGCGGGAGGAGGGGGAGACCGCGGAGUCCCUGUCCGCUGCCGCCCGUCUGCCGAAGGCCCAGGCGCUGCAGGGCGUCCACCAGGGUCUCCCCCAGGGCCUCCCCCAGGGCCUCCCCCAGGGCCUCCCCCAGGGCCUCCCCCAGGGCCUCCCCCAGGGCCUCCCCCAGGGCCUCCCCCAGGGUAGCAGCGGGCGCCAAGUGCAGCCCGCGGGCAGCCAGGUGGGCAGCCAGGUUGGAACGCAGGUGGGCACGCAGGGGAGCUUCCAGACGGCGCAGACGAUUCAGAGCCUCAACUUCGGCAGGAUCCCGACCUCGUGCGCCCUCUGCUCCCGCGAGAGGAACUUGUGCAGAAUCAUCUCGGGAAUCUUCACCCGGCCUCGCCUUCCCUACGGCUACUCCCUCGUCACUCCCAUUCCCGCGGGAGUCUGCAACGUUACCAUCACAGAGAUGAAGCCGUCAAAGAACUUCUUUGCCCUUCGACGCACCGACGGCACCUACGUCCUCAACGGCAACUGGGACAUCCAGGCGGCGGGGCAGUACCAGGCAGGCGGGACAGUUUUCACCUACACGCCGUCAGAUGAUGACAGCGGGGAACAACUCGCUGCUCCAGGACCUCUUCGGGAGUCGAUUGAACUGAUGCUGAUCUCUCAGAGUCCCAACCCGGGCAUCAAAUACGAGUACCGAGUCCCUCUCUCGGAGUACCUGGGCGGUGGCACGGGCGGCCUUACUCCCUCAUCGGGCGGCCUCGUACCCAACAUGAGCGGGAAAGUCGGGCCGGCGUCGACCGGGCUCGGCUCCACGCAAGGCAGGGGCCUGGGCCUCGGGGGCGGGAAUAUUCCUCCGGGGCAAGUGGCGCCGUUCCAAGGGACCCCGAGCGUCGGGGGCGCGGGCGGCAUCAGGACUCCUGCCGGCGGCGGGGCGGGCAAGCCGAACCUGGUUCCGCGCGUGCCGGGGCUGCUACCGUACGGCCCCUCCAACCCCAACAUCGCCAACGGAGGCAUCUUGCCCCUCACGCCCGUUAUCACCCCGAUUAACCCAGGGGGCGCCCAUGGCACCUUCACUCCCUCCGGCGGCGUGCCCUUCAAGCCCCUCAGCCCCCAGGGAGGGGUGGGUAGGGCGGGGGCGGGGACACCGCCCAGGAACCCCGCCUACGUGGGGAGCCAGCCACGGCUCCCGACCCUGGAUUCCAGCGGAGGCGCCGCGUCCAGGGGCUCCAUUCCAGGGAUCGCUGGCGUCCCGUCACGAGGGCAACCCUUAACCCCCUUAGGGACCCCCAACCAAGGGUCUGGGAGCCUCCCCCGCCCCUGGAAUCCCUCGUACACGUCCCAAGACGGCGGCCGCGGACUUCCCCUGGGGACGCCCUUCCAGUUCCCAGGGAGCACCGGAGGCUCUGGCGUGACCGCCGGCUCAGGCUUCCCCGGUCAGAGGCUGCCUGCCCCCCCGCGGGCCGACGGGGGCAGCCUCGAGGCCCCCGCCUUCCCGCCGGAGUUCCCCCAGAACAGCGUCCCCCUCCGCCCCGUGGCCGUCGCGCGCCCCGUCGCGCGCCCCACCGCCGAUAGUGACGCCUCGUCCGCCGCCUCGAAUACGCACAGGACACGACACCAACACGGCACUAAAGGCCGGAGGAAGUCGCCGGGGAAGGCGCCGGGCCGCCCGCAGACGCCCUUCGGCCCGGGCGUGCAGCUGACGCAGCCCAACGUGCUUCCGUCCUCGCCGUCCGCGCCCCAGGCCGCGAAUGUGACGACGACCUCCGGGCGGCGCAGCAAGAACGGGCGGCGGCGCCAGAAGGGCGAAGGCGCGAGCGGCGAGAGCAGGCGGCGGAAGGGGAGGAAGAGGUCUCGCUUCCAGUGGGCGGAGAAGGGGUUCACGCCCUGCUCCAGGGAGUGCGGCGGAGGGAACCAGACAACUAUCCUGUCUUGCGAGAGGAGGAGGAAGAACAGCGUCGUUGCGGACCGCCACUGCGCUCACCUCCCGCGGCCUGAGACUCACACCAUCAUGUGCAACCUCAAGCCAUGCCCGGCCACGUGGAUGCCCGGCGAGUGGGGUCCCUGCAGCGUCUCCUGCGGGAUCGGCGUCCAGACUCGACCUCUUCUGUGCAAGCAGCAGGUGUCUCCGAACUUCAUCAUGAUGGUUCCCGAGGGGGCGUGUCUCACCCCGCCCACCGUGUCCACUUCGCAGGUAUGUGAGAUGGGGAGGUGCCCCAGUGCCAACCCCGAGUGGGAAGCCAGCACCUGGUCCAACUGCUCGGCGCCCUGCGGCCUGGGCAAGCGUUUCCGGCAGGUGAAGUGCGUUGCCUCGGGCGUGCAGGUCCAGGACGGCGAGUGCGAGGGCGGGAGCAGACCCCAGGCGGAGGAAGUGUGUGACAUGGGCUCCUGCGCCACCAGCACCUGGUUCUUCUCGGAGUGGGCGCAGCAGUGCUCGGAGCGCUGCGGCACGGGCGUCCAGACGAGGCGCGUCCACUGCCUGAGCGCCACGGAGUCCUCGCGAGGAACCUGCCCGGCGGAGGCGCGACCCGCCGCCACCAGGCCCUGCAGGGGGGAGAGCGGCUGCGGCGGACAGUGGUUCACGGGCCCCUGGGGCGCCUGCAGCGAGGAGUGCGGCCCCGGGAUGCAGACGAGGUCGGUCGUGUGCGUGACGCUCGCCAAGGGCCUGUGGAAGAUCGCCAAGGACAGCCGAUGCCCGAUGCAGGCGCGGCCGCAGGACAACAGGGACUGCGGCGUCCGGCCGUGCGCGCCCGAGUGGUUCACGUCAGAGUGGUCGGAGUGUUCGGCCUCGUGCGAAGGCGGAGUCAUGCGGCGCGAGGUGACCUGCCUUGACCCCGGUCGCCGCCCCUCCGCCGAGUGCCACAACGCCACCAAGCCGCCCUCGCGCCAGCCGUGCCACCUGCACUCCUGCGACGCCGUCCCGGCCACGACGGUGGCUUCGGUUUCGUCUUCAAAUUCUGCGUUCCUCGUGCCGAGACCGCCGAACGCAGAGAGCGACGAAGAAACGACUUCCCGUCCUUCGGAGACCGAGGGCAACCCAGCAACCGAAGAAAAUCCUGCAGGAGUAGAGGACGGCCAAGAAGACGAUGCCGACGGAGGAGGCGUGGAAGAUGGCACGGAGAGAACGGGAGAGACUUACGAAGAAGGCGAAGAAGGCGAAGAAGGGAACGAGCUGGUGGUGGUCGAGGAAACAGGCAGCAUUACCAACGUCAUUCCCGACAAGGACGCGCAGGGGGACGAGUCUGUUUCCGAGGGCGGCGACGGGGAAAGCCCGAGGGAGGAGGAGGAAGAGGCCGAAGAAAAGGAGAAGAGGAAGAGGAAGAGGAAGAAGGAAAAGAAGAAGAACCGGCAGAACAAGGGCGAGGAGGAGGAAUCCCCUUCGCAGACGCAGCCGGCGACUGUGGCGCCAUCUCUGUCGUGUAUAGACCGGAUCAAGAACUGCCACCUGGUCUUCCGGGCUCGGCUCUGUAGGCUCAAGUACUACAACAGGUUAUGCUGUCGUACGUGUAGCGCCGCCAGGUGAACGGGACGGGGACAACGCAGGGAUUGCGAAAGCAUUAUGGAGCGGGAGACACACCUACCUAAGGAAUGCUGGUAAUGGUGAUAUACGAAAAGGUAUCAGAGAUGGGAGAGAGUAACGUGGAAUGGAGGUUUUUCGGAGAAAGCAAGAUGGGUGAAUAAUUAGAACCUCCCUUUGUACCGGUGAUUUUUUUUUCUUUUAAUGGCGUUGAAGAAAUAUGAUGGAGGAGAGAGAGAAAAAAAAGUUAACAAGACAGAGAGUGUAGUUGUGAACUUUAAUUAUAAAUUAAAUCGAUGUGUCACUUAUGGAAACGUUGAUUCAUAUCAUAAUGUAUUUGUGAUGUGUUUUGUGACAGUAUUUGUAGGUUCUGAAAAUGCAACUAGCAAGUCCAGAAAAAAGUUAUUUAUAUGAGGAUGUCAACAACGGUACGUAAAAAUCUUGAAGAAGUACUUUUGAUAAUGAUACCAAAAGGUAAAUAAAAGGAGGCUAUGCAUUACGUUUAGCGUCUGAUUUUACUUUUGAAGAAAACGUUUUGUGGAGCGCAGAAAAGAAAACGCAUGUGCGAAGCCUAGACCAUAUUCAGGGAAUACUCAAACAAAUACGUUGAGCCUCAAAACCCAGUGAUGUGUGAGGUACACGUGAUGUGUUGACUCUCUUAGACAUUACAUAGCGUUAGAGAAAAAGAUAUAUGAGUGUAUGAAAGGUCAAUGAAUAUUGAUAUAUAGGUAAGGAAAGUCUCUAUUAAAGCAGAGACAAAGCUGCGGUGAAUGUAGUGGGGCGCUGAUGAAAAGAAAAAGGCAUUAACCCCACACGUAAUAUUAGGUAGUAAUAUCUUUAUCUUUAAUGGACCAGAUAGUGAUAGUAAUAAUGACUGACAUUUUGAUGGUGCUACGUCUAACUUGACUUCCCUUUUCCUCAAACAAAUUAUGCAAAUGUUCCUCCUUUGUUUCUCGUUCUUAUUCGUAGACACACCUAUCCCUCUUUACAUCAUUCUAGAACUAUCAGGCAAUAAUAUCACUACUCAUGUUGUUCGAUGUUUUUCCUUCCAUUUAAUCAGUAAAAAAUGUCUUCCAAUCUGCAACACUCAGGUUGGACUCCCGAUUUCUUUGCAAGGACGCAGGAAGACGUUUCAGCCAAAGGUAUCGAUGGGAAUGCCUGCUGUCGAAACCGGGUCUCUCUCUCUCCACACAUUUCUACAAGAUCUUCUUCCUUCUCUUCAGCAAAGUGAUUUUCUCUUGUAAUAACUUUCUCAGCACCAUUUACCUCUCUAUUACCACACUGCCCGAAUCUCUAGUUAAUGUUUUCUCUCUCUCACAGAUAGUUUAGGUUCAUUUCAUUUCAUCUGAUCGUUAGCGUAGUUAUACACUCUUUGUGUAUACGCUCUCAUAACAAUAUACUUGUUUAGUCAGUGUCACAGGCUCUGGUACAAGAUGCGAAGCGAAGACGGGCCAAAACUCAUUCAAAACUUAAGUGGAUCGUGUCUGGCUUGCCUUAACUUCUGUUGUAUCGUAAUAUCCGUUAUUAUGAUAUUUCAAAAUUAAUUGUCCACGCCAGAGUCAGUGACGCUGCCUAAGAGACAUUCAAAGGCGUGUACUUCCUCUCUUCCAGACACAAACCUCCGUAAACGCGCUCGUCUUCAGGGCAUGCGCUAGUACGUAGUUGUAAGAAAAGAAACCCACGUAAUGGAAGUGGGUGCCUUGUAAAUUAUGGCUAAUUGUGAAAAGGGUCAGUCAAUGAUCUUUUUUCCCUUUCUCGCCAGGGUUAUCCAUUUAAAAGCAACAUAGGUUAGAAAUGUUUUCGAUGCCAUGUUGCCAAGAUCGUCACUAAAAGAGAAAAUUCUGUCAACAAAUAUAUUCUUAUUCACUUCUCCUUCUCCUUCUCUUUUGUCUCUUUAAAUGUAGUUAUCUUUCACUUUAUUAAUUUCUCUCUUCAUAUAUUCUAGGAUAUAUUAUUCUUUUAUCUGUAAUCUCGUUCCCUUAUCUGCGCCUCCAGUUCUUCGUCUGGUCACGUGUCAUAAGCAUGUCUUAGGUCAGUCUAGGUCACACACUGCGACUGAAUUAGUGUUUCAGUGUACAGCUUUCCCUGUACGUCGUUGUAGCUCACUAUAAGUCAGAUGUACACCCUUGUACAUCUUCCUCAGACCGAACACUAUAUAAAUGAUCUUCUGCAUCGUCUUGUAUAAGAUUUUUUUUUUCACUUUACGGUUUACUGUUGAUAACGUCUGAAUGGAAGAUGAUGACGUGAACACUGCUGCGGUGGCGGGUAUGAGGUCAAAGGUUACAGGGGCACGAACACGUGUAGACAAGGUUGUCCAAAUAGUUAUAUUUCCUUUAAUUUUAGAAUGUAGGUUUAUUUGAUAUUGUUAUAGAUUUAUUUUCUGUAUAGAUAUAACACUCCCUUUUGUCAUUAGCUGAGCCGGUCUCUUUGUUAUACUUUCGUCUUAUAUACCCUUUGAUAUACUCUAAUUUGGAAGGGCCAGAUACGAUCUCUCGUUUCUUUUUUUCUAUUCCUGUUUUCAUUAAAUUCUUUGGGGUUAUUCACCUGUUUGUUUGUUUGUCUCAAUUUUUCUCUGUGUUCUGUUUAUACCCUUGGAUCUGGAUUUCCUUUUUGUUUUCGUAUUUCUAAGAUGUCGUUCUUCGUGGGGAAUGGUCUGUGUGCCAGAUUCGUCGUGCAAAGCCUGAGUCUUUACUUUUUAUUUAAAAAAAAAUCAAGUUUGACAAGACAUACUUCCUUCAUAACUUCUCUUUCGAUGUGAUUAAUGUUAGAAAAUUAAUUGAUUUCUUUAUAUGCACCUAACACGGUCCUUAAUCUUCUUAGUAUAAAUUUCAUAUAGACUAUCGAUUUCUUUAAUUGACUAAGCUAAUUUCUUAAAUAAAAAUGAUUAUAAACUAUAGACUAUAUACAUAAAUUUCAAGCUAUACUUUAUAAACUUCAACAAUGUAUAUACACCCAUGACGAUUGUUCUGUCUUUGGAAUUAUCCUUUACCAUGUUAAAUUCUUUGAUUUUUUUUUUUAUUUAGUUGUCCAGGAAAAAGCUGUAAUUUUCUGUUGUGUCUGGCCCCGUAAACCUCUUGAAAUAUUUACUAUUGGUGUUUAUGAAUGUCUUUAAGUUCCCAUCUCGAACAUUUAUUAUGAUAAGCCCGUCUAACGUAUAUUUAUUCUCCUUAAACUUUUUUUUUUUUUAUACUCUGACAUAUUUUUAAACUCUUUCUAUUGCUGAGGAAAAAUCCUGAAUUUUCUGAAGUAUCUGACAUGCAGGUUAAUUCCUCUGAAACAUUCUUAAAACUAACUUGAUAUAUGUUUAUUGUCAUGAAAAGUCCCACUUCCCUGACCUUUGACCCUGUAAGGUCCCUGACCUCUAGCUUGUCACCGCCGAUUGUCCCUUAAAUAAAGGUCUCUCCCUGUGCCAUACGCUGUACAUAGGCAUCUACAUGUUCAUUAAAUAAUAAUAAAUUAACUUAUAAUGCAAAA